GUUUUGGGGCAAGAGGAAGGCUGUUCGGGACACAGCUCUGUGCCCGGGCUUCCCUGGUGCCUGCUGCACGCAGAGGCCUCUCCCUGGCCCAGGCGACACCCCCGAGGCAGGUACCUGUCAGCUGCCACCCCCGUCCUCCCGAGCUGCCUCCCCUCCCCCAGCCGCGCUCCGGCUCCAGCCCUUUGUGUCGGCGGCAGCAGCUGACGGGCGCCUUGGCCUCCCGCAGGCGGCGUCGGGAUGGGCCGGGCGCGGGGCCCACGCUAGCCGAGCCCGCGGCGAGGUGUGAAGCGCGGGCCAGGAUGACCAACGCGUCCUCCGCGGCCCCGUCCGCCGCCGGGGGCUCGCUGCUGCUGCUCUGCGAGGACGAGGAGGCGUGGGCCGGCCGGCGCAUCCCCGUGUCGCUGCUGUACUCGGGCCUGGCCAUCGGGGGCACGCUGGCCAACGGCAUGGUCAUCUACCUCGUGGCGUCCUUCCGCAAGCUGCAGACCACCAGCAACGCCUUCAUCGUCAACGGCUGCGCCGCCGACCUCAGCGUCUGCGCGCUCUGGAUGCCGCAGGAGGCGGUGCUGGGGCUGCUGCCCGCCGGCGCCGCGGGGCCGCCCGGGGGCUGGGACGGCGCGGGCGGCCGCUACCGGCUGCUGCGGGGCGCGCUGCUGGGCCUCGGCCUCACCGCGUCCCUGCUGUCCCACUGCCUCGUGGCCCUGAACCGCUACCUGCUCAUCACGCGGGCGCCCGCCACCUACCAGGCGCUGUACCGGCGGCGCCACACGGCGGGGCUGCUGGCGCUGUCCUGGGCGCUGGCGCUGGCGCUGGCGCUGCUGCUGCCGCCCUGGGCGCCGCGCCCCGGCCCCGGCCCCGGCCCCGGCCCCGCGGGCCCGCGCGUGCACUACCCCGCGCUGCUGGCGGCCGCGGCGCUGCUGGCGCAGACGGCGCUGCUGCUGCACUGCUACCUGGGCAUCGUGCGCCGCGUGCGCGUCAGCGUCAAGCGGGUCAGCGUCCUCAACUUCCACCUGCUGCACCAGCUGCCCGGCUGCGCCGCCGCCGCCGCCGCCUUCCCCGCCGCCCCGCGCGCGCCCGGCCCCGGCCCCGCGCCCGCGCCCCCCCUGCCGCCCGCGCUGCAGCCCCGGCGCGCCCAGCGGCGGCUCAGCGGGCUGUCGGUGCUGCUGCUGGGCGGCGUGUUCCUGCUGGCCACGCAGCCGCUCGCCUGGGUCAGCCUGGCCCGCGGCCUGGCGCUGCCCGUGCCCUGGGGCGUGCAGGCGGCCAGCUGGCUCCUGUGCUGCGCGCUGUCCGCGCUCAACCCGCUGCUCUACACGUGGAGGAACGAGGAGUUCCGCCGCUCCGUGCGCUCCGUCCUGCCCGGCGUCGGGGACGCGGCCGCCGCCGCCGCCGCCGCCACCGCCAUGCCCGCCGUGUCCCAGGCGCAGCUGGGCGCCGGCGCCGCCGGCCAGCACUGGUGACCCGGCCGGGCCGGGGAGGCGGAGCGCGCGGCUCCCGGCGUCCUUGGUGCCCGUCGCCUCGCGCCCUCGGAAAGGGUCCCCGGACCCAAGGCUCCUGCGCGAAGCCCAGGACAUUUUUGGUGCGAAGAUUUCGCUUUCCACCCCCAACAGGGGGGGAUACGCGAGCCGAGGUCUCUCCCUCAAGGGGGUCCCCAAAGUCAUGUUGGGCGGCCCCUGUCUUUUACCCCUGGUUUCUGUGGUUUAAGGAAAUCCUAAAGUCAAAUACCAGAGACUUCCUGGACUUGGGAAAUGACGUUUAACCAGAGCCAGUUCAUUUAUUUCAACAGUUUGGGGAAAAGAGCUGGGAACGGAGGACCCUCCCCAUGAUCACGGUCUUCUGAUACACAGGACGCCCUGAGUGUGCGCGACCCGCGGGCAGUUCUGGGGAAGAAAUGAGAGUUUAACGUAUUGUAGAAGCUCCGUGGUGGGCGCACACCGGGAUGCGCCGCAUGAACACCUCAAGCCCUUUAUUCUUAAAAGGGUUUUUAUGAAGCAAAAUCAUUCCUGAAUGAGACAGAAUCUUAGCCAGUGAGGAAAAAAAAUAAAACCACAGGUACAUUAUUUUAUAGUCCUUUUUGCACUUCUAAGACUGAGAAAGGGCACUGAGUGGCAAAGUGGAACCUUUUCCAUCGUGCUGACGGGAAUCCGACGGUAGGAGGCUCACCUACUUCAGGUGCCCGUGUCCCGGGCCCUAUAGCAUGCACACGAGCAACCCUCUCAUUCUGCAAUCCACUUACUUGUAUAAUGGGUGUGAUUGCAGCCUUGAACUCUGUACUAUAACGGUUGCCAAGGAGAGCAAGUUCCUGUUUUUUUCUUUUUCUUUACCAUUUAAAAUCUCAGUGCACAUGCUGUGACUGAGCCCCAAAGAUACCUCGACUGCAUAGCUCCUAUCGGCCGCUGUUGCAUGCUCCUCCACGCUAGAACUUACGGGCGUGCGGCCUCCUAAAGCAAUACCGCGAGACAAGGACACUGCACGGCUCCCCAGGCCGGGAGAAGCGGCCCUCAGCUAUUUGAAAAGAGAACGGAGACGCCUGUGGCUCCCCAGAGCCCGUCUGGCCUUGACCGGAUGGAGGAGAAAGCGCCCAGUUGGGACUUUAUCUUGCCGAUGGAACCGCAGUCAAGAUGGAUCAGUAACGAGGUCCGUGAAGCCGCCUGUGCUUUUAGGGUUCUGACAGGCCACCCGUUAGGAGGCAGCGCUGUUUCUUAGGUAGUUCCUGUGUGUUACCGGGACAUUAACGUUAAUAUCGUGUCUGUUACAGGAGGUGGAACAAACUCAGUUAUAUGAGGGCAGUUUCAAAGGGAGUUGCUCUGAAAUGAUUUGAGGCUUGUCAUGUUCACCUUCGGUGUACUUGCUGUAUUCAGGAACAUUGGGAAGGCACAAUGGUGUGAAAUCACUUCAUAACAUGAGAUUGGGAAGAGACGAUCAGCGCUACCAGCAGUCCGACUGCUCCCUACAUCCCCCAGGGGGCCCAGCGGCCCCCAUGAACCGGGUAAUGUUUUGUCCUCUGGACAUUGUAAGCUGGGAGAGUGGGGACACGUGCCUUUGAAUGAUGGGGAGUUGCAGGAAACUUGGAUGUGUUUGUAGAAAAACCAAGCAAAACAAACAUGUUCAACACUAAUAGUAGAUCAGCAGUCGUCUUAUUAAUCUACCUGCCCCCUCCACCUGUAGUGCAUGCACCAUUUCUCUCUGACGAAGGUUUCAUCUGUUCCCAUUUUCCUCGAUUCAAAUGAUUAAAGUGGAGACUACUGUUCCUCUGAGUUUUCUGCUGCCCGUCUCCUUGCAUGCCCCCUUGUCACUGUAACAGGCGACACCGUGUCCCAGGCACCCGUGGUGGAAACACGCUCUUCCUUCUGGCUGGAUUUAUGCUCAGUUUCUAAGAUAAC